GCUGGAGCGCUCAGAGCCCGGCCCGCGGGCUGGGGGGUCGGGCCGGGCAGCCCUCGGGGGCGUGUCCUCCCGGGGUCGGGCGCCACCGCCCGGAGAGGCCGGCAGCGGCGGCAGAGCUGCGGCGGUCGCCGAGGGCUAGCGGCGGCGAGCAUGGAGCGCGAGCUGGAGGCGCUCGCAGCCCGGCCCGCGCUCCCGGCGGAGCCUCCCUUCCAAGCGCUGGUGGAGGCGGCGGGCGGGCGCGGGCAGGUGCUGCUGGUGGGCGAGCUGUGGGAGCGCGAGCAGAGCCGCGCGCUGCUGCGGGACUUCGCCCGGGCGGUGUUCCCGCCGGAGCCGGGCGCCCGCAAGCCGGGCGAAGCGGUGGCCGAGGGCGCCGCGCCCGGGACGCCGGGGGCGCGGUGGGUGCCCGGGACGGCCAGGGCGCGCGCCAUCCACUCGCCGCUCGUCUUCGUGCUGUGCCGCGCGUCGUCGCUGGCCGCCAGGGAGCCGCGGCGCCGCCUGCGGGAGAUGCUGCGCGAUGUGCGCGACCGGCGGGUGGCCGGCGCGGCGCUGGUCGGGGUGCUGGUGGCCGAGGCGGGGCCCGAGGACGCGGUGGCGCCGAUGUUGCGGCUCCUGGAGGCGCUGCUGCGCACCGUGUUCGGCCGCCAGGCGGGAGGCCCGGUGCAGGCGGCCGCCUACUGCCCCGGCCACCCCGCCUCCAGCCUGGCCGUCCAGACCGCCGCUAGCCGGGCCCUGCAAGCAGCCGCGCCCGCGCGACCAGAAGGAGCCUGGGAGAGACCCGGCCUCCCGGCGCUGUUGGCCUGCUUCUCCUGGGGUCCCUGGAGCCGGGGGAAGAACCCGUUUGCCACCACCUCCCCCAGUGGUCCAGCUCAGGGUAACUUCCGGGAACCUGAGGAGGAGCUGGCGCUGACAGUCAUACUUCCCAACGGAGACUGUGAGGAUCCUGGAAAGGGGUCGGGAGCCUGUGAUGGAGCUGCCCACACUCCCGCUGAGCCCGCUGGAGACUCCAGAUGAAGUCUGGACCCCUGGGCUGCUGCAGCUCCUCACUGAUGACCUGGGGAGUGCAGUCUCUAUGAAGCCCCACCUUCCAGGGAACUGCCACACUGACAGAUACCAGCAAGGCAGCGGGACUUACUCAGCUAAGCCCGACCUAGGAAAAUGUGUCCUCUGGGAACUUGGUCCCUCCCCGGCCUCCAUUUGGUCUCUCUGGUCACCGUGAGGUGGUUUUUUCUCCCUCGCCUUGGUUUCUCUGUGCCAUUGAGACAGAAGGCGGCUUGCUUUGUGGCUCUGUGGUGCUGUGGCCUCCCGUGGUCGUGUGCGUGAGCAUCCAUCACUUCACAUGCAGCUGGAAAGAACUCUGGACCAGGAGUUAUCAAACAGGGAGAGGGGAGAUCUUAGACCUGUCACUCAACCAGGGGCCAGGCUACCCACCUGCAAGCAGCACUGGAAGUGUGUGUGUGUGUGUGUUGCGAGGCUUCACUCUGACUGUGGGGCGCCCCUGGCAUUUAGUGGGCAUCUCGCAUUGUGUAGGGCAAGCUCCAAAAACAGAAUUGUUCCGCUCAAAAUGCCAAUCGGGGCACCUUUGAGAAAUUGGAUGAGUCAAUCUCUUCCCCUUGUCAAAUUCUAGGAAGAGUCCCCCAGAGCAGAGAGGGUUGGGGUUCCUGGGACCUCAGCUCCUGAACAAGCCAGAAUAAAGACUGCACUGCCCCCUGGGGGCCUGGGGGCCAGAGCAAGAUGCUCAGUGUGCUGCUGGCCCAGGACAGAAAUAGCCUUGCACAGCCAUGCGAAGAAAGAGCCCUCUCUCUUCCUCAUGUUGCCAUUGACUUUCUGUGCCAAGUUCUUUUGAGAAUAGGGCACCAAACAGAUGGAAAGUUGGGUUAUGGAUUAAUGCAAGGGCAUAGGACUUGCUCUCAAUCUCAGGUCCUAACCCAAGGUCAAAGCCGACCCAGCCCAGAGGUGCCGAGUGCUGGAAUCCUUUUUUCUCUGGUUAUGAGUCAGACAGGGCCAAUGAUGUUCCCUUAAAAGCCAGGAAGACCAUCUGUUCACUCAGAGAAGGAACUCUGCAUUACCUCCCUUGUCUUCCUUGCCCGCCAGGAGAAAUCCAGUCUUUGGAAUGGCCAGGACAGCUCCUGCUUUUCCCUGGUAGGAAGUACUAUCUAAGGGAAGUAGUUAAAUUCAUUCAUUCAUGCGUGACUUACUCAGCACACAUGCAAUUGUGCCUACUAUUUGCCCAGCGUUCUGGCAGGUGCUGCAUAACUUCCUUGAGUUAUUUCUGCCAAAAUAACUGUGAAAGUGCCAAAAUGUGGAGUGGCAAACCUGUGGCUGGGGGCUCUGUGAUGUUAAAGAGGACCCUCGCUGCUCUGCACCUCCGUUUCUUUCCUACAACAGGGAGCCUAUGGGUGUGAGGGCAGGUAGGAUGACAGCUUAUUUGGGGCGGUUUGGCAGCAUGUGUCACUUUAAUUAUGCAAAAGUAUCUCUCCAAUAGAAGGACCCAACUGACUGCCUUCUGCCCAAGAGUGAACUCAAUGAAUUGCUGUUGAUGUUUGAAAAUAUGGGGACUGGUAUUGUUGAAGCUGCUCUAUUUUUCUAUUUAUCCGUUAAUUUCUUUGUAAUGAUUUGGUUAGAAUUUUAUUAUUUGGUGGGGGGAGGGAGCUUCUCUUAAGGUAGAAAAUUGUCUAAGGCAGAAGUCGAAAGGCAGAAGCCUCUGCUGUACUUCAAAACUCAGGAGUUUGUUGCCAAUAUUUGAAACGGGAGAUUGCACAUAAAAAGCUUGUUUUCGGGGAGGGGGGAGGGGUGUGCCGUCUUCGUCUUCAUUUUGCUGUGAUUCCACACACACACACUUGAGCCCUUUCUCACCCUCCCACCCUCCCCUCUGCUGCACUUCCCUGAUAUAGGCCCCCGCCUGGGGCUGGUCCUGGUGGGCAUUUGAGUUUGCCAGCCUCUGCUAUAAAGGGUGAUGUGCACAUUUUUUCAUCACUUUCAGUAUUUCCUGUGAAUAUGUGAAGAGAGAGGGUCUUUCUUGACUGAGGUUGUGUUCUGCCUCCCGGCUGAUAAAGACCGGACUGACAUCCUCCCAGGCCCCUCCUGGCUCCGUGGCAGGCGGCUCAGAGAAGCACCGUCCUUUUGUCUUUUCCAGCAGACAGAAGAGUUCGGUGCUGGGAGGGACCUUGGUGUUGGGCCUCCUCCCCGGCGACUAUUCCGACUAUUCCGAGGCCUGAAAGCUGGGGUGGGCCUGUCUGAGAGUGGAGGCCCCGGAUUAGGUUAGUGGUGCCGGGAGCCGUUGACGAGGGGCCUCUGUCUGGGCUCUUGGUACUAAUCUUUCUAACAUGGCAGCUGUACUGCUUCUGACUUGAAUCGAUUCCUUAGACCUAAUAAAGCCAAACAGCGCCUCACUGCUGUCUAAUAAAACACAGUGGGUCCUCCCCUUUCUGUCUUGAGGUGCUCCUUCCAGGAGCCCUUGGGCAAAUGGUGGGAAGCUCUGAAGUAGUUUAGCCUGAAAGUCCGCCAGUCCUGCCCCGAGGGACAUCUCUGCAACUUUUCUGGCUGGGGUUGGAAAGUACUUAAAAAGAGAUUUGUUAAAAAGAUAGUAUUUAGCUUGGUAGUUAGCAGGGAGUAUAUGUGUGCGUGUGCACACGCACAUGUUUCACCCGAUAAAAUGGCCUUAACUGAGUCUCAGAGAGCCCCUUAAACAUUUGUGUCAGUUUCUCUCUUCUCAAAGUAUUUGUCCCCAAGAUUAACCACACAAGAGGAAUUCCUAGGUUGCCCAGCCAAAACCAAGGCAAACCUGCAAAGGGUCCAAGGGCUGCGCCCCCCAACCUGUGGUCUAAACAAACCCCUCUUACCCCAGACAGAACCAGGACCCUCAUUGUGAGUCCUGGUUGUAGAAGUUUGGUCCUUUCUUGUCACCCUGACUUUCUUCUCUCCCUCCCAGAUGACCAGGGUCUUCUCAGAGUGGGGUGUUGCCUCGGAUCAUUGCCCCAACCCCAAACUACUAGUGUUCUUACCCUGACCACCUACACCCCAGGUGUAUGGCCGGCUCCGGAAGUCCUGGCUGCCUGCCGGGACAGCCACUCCCAGCCCCUUGCUCCCCCACAGGAGCGGGUUUCACUUUCAGCCUCCACACCUGGUCUGGUCUGAACAUGUGCCAGAACCAAAGCAGGCGAGACGGCGGAGCCGGCCAAAGGCCUGGGCCUGAGUGGGCGGUCGGAAGGAACAAGACCUCGGGCGAAGCUAGACUGGCCCUGCCCAAGAGGAAUCUAACGCCAGGCACACAUGUAGCUUUCCAUUUUCUAGUAGCCACAUUGGAAAAACCAAGUUAAACAGGUGAAAUUAAUUUUAAUAAUAUAUUUUAUUUAGCCCCAGAUGUCCAUAUGAAUAAAAGCUUCAAGCACCAGCCUGGCCCGUCCCGGUGACGUAAGAUCUGCGCUGUUCUAUGCCAGACCCUGAAGAGAGCCCUUCCCCUCAGAGCAGCCUUGCCAGGAAGGCGGACCUGCCCCCCCCUGCU